AUCGUCUCUCUCGCCACUUCUCCAAGCUUCCCUAAAAAAAAACAGUUCUCCAGGCGGCGGCCGCUGCUUCUCUCUCCUCCCACCGCCGGCGGCCUCGCGCUCCGCCCCCCUCCCCCGGCGGUCCCGUGAGCAGCUUGGCCCAGCACCGAGCGACGCCGAGAGCUGGCCGCGUCGGGCGCUGCUGGCAUGGGGAGCAGCGGAGCAGGCGCGGCGGCGCGGAUGGACCCCGAGGCGGCCACGGAGCUGGCGCGGAAGGGGGUCACCCUCCUGCUCCUCGACGUGCCCCAGCACACCGUCCUCGGCCUCGACACGCAGGUGUUCUCGGUCGGCCCCAGGUUCAGAGGGAUCAAGAUGGUGCCCCCAGGCCCGCAUUUCCUCCACUACUGCUCCCCCAGCAGGCACGGGAAUGAGUUCGCGCCGACAGUCGGAUUCUUUCUUACUACUCACCCAUCUCAGGUGGUCGUUCGAAGAUGGCAUGCUCAAGAGGAGAGAUUAGUGGCACUAUCAGAAGAGGAGGAAAUCAGAUACUCUGAAGCAGUAAAACGUUUCGAGUUCGAUGAUCAGCUUGGACCAUACAAUUUGGACUCUUUUGGUGAUUGGAAACAACUUUCAAACUACUUGUCACAAAGUGUAAUCGAACGCCUUGAGCCAAUUGGUGGAGAAAUUACAAUUGCGUUGGAGACAUCAUGGAUGGAUAGAGCUCCCCAAACAGAGAUGGAGAGACGAUUGAUGGAACAACUUAGAGAAGACAAAUUUGCAAAGAAAGCCCCCACACAGCCUGAGCGUAGAGGAUGCUACUACACAACUAUCCCUGCUUCUGUUAAACACAAGAACAUUUCUGCAGAUGAGCUGACUUUGCUGAAUUUGGACAGAACGAGCUUGCUGGAGACUGUCCUGGCCAAAAAUUAUCAAGGCCAAGAAGAUUUACUCUUGGGGGAGCUGCAGUUCUCUUUCAUAGCGUUUAUGAUGGGACAGUCGCUAGAGGCGUUUAUGCAGUGGAAAGCAUUGGUCAGUCUUCUUUUGAGCUGCAGUGAAGCUCCACUUCAUACAAGAACACAAAUGUUUGUAAAGUUUAUAAGGGUUAUUUACUAUCAAUUCAAGCAUGGCUUUCAACGUACACAUGAUUCCAGAAGUAGUGACGACAAGGGCAACUCUUUGUUUCUGGAUGAAGCAUGGUUCUCAAGAGACAUAUUUCUUUACCGGCUUUCCAAGGAUUUCUUGACGGUAAUAUUUGAAGCUCAAGUCGUGGAUGGAGACCUUCUGUCAUGGGCUAGGAAACUUAAGACGCUUCUGGAGACCACUUUUGGAUGGGAUCUCGAGAACAAUGCGGCGAACCUUAUCGAUGAGGACGACGAGUUUGCUCCCGUGGUCGUGGAAAUGGACGGCUAGCGUGGAAACUCUAGGGAAUCUUAAGAUGGAUGUGAUGCUUGCUUAUACCCUUAAGAAGAUCUGCAUGGGUGGGUACUUGCUUUACACUACAAGCUGGAGUAUCUAGUUCCCAAAAUGUUGGUUGUAAAUAUACACAUAUCUGCAUCGUCCUGGUUGAAUUUCGUCGGCUUUGCAGAUCAUGAGCUGAUUUCCGCCAUCAUUUUUGUCUGGAUAA